UAUACUCUUUGGCGGAGGGUGCAGCUGACAUUCGUCCAUUACUACAUUGUGUCCGUUUCAUUCUCUAUUUCCUCUUAUACGGGUAACAUGAUGGAAAUAUAUGAGAAAUUCAUCAGGACUCUGAUGAAGAUGUAAUUGUGCAUCGAAACCUUUAAAGAGAAGACGAACAAUGGCAGAAUCUUCACCAACAUCACCAAAACCAAGACGGACCAGAAGAAAGAGUAUGAGUCCACCUCCAUCUCUGUCAUCCUCCAGUGUUUCUCUGUCUGAAGAGCUUCAGUGUUGUAUUUGUCUGGAUGUGUUCAGUGAUCCAGUCAGCACUCCAUGUGGACAGGAUCUGCAGGAUCUGUCUGAAAAAGUACUGGGACAACAGUCAGAUCUACAGCUGUCCAAACUGUAAAGAAACAUUCAGUAAAAGACCAGAACUCAACAUCAACACACUUAGAGAGGUCGCGCUAAUCUUUAAGGAAAAAUUCAGUCUGAGAAGAUCUGAAGUCCUCUGUGAUGUCUGUGAUGAAAGAAAACUGAAAGCCCUGAAGUCCUGCCUGAUGUGUCAGAUGUCUUACUGUGAAACUCAUCUUAACACUCAUGAGAAAUUCACUUUAAAGAAACACAAACUGCUGGAUCCUGUGGAGAAUAUAAAGGACUAUAUAUGUGUGAAACAUGAGAGACCUCUGGAGCUCUUCUGUAGCGAUGAUCUGACACGUGUUUGUGUGUUUUGUACUGAUGGAGAUCACAAGAAUCACAACACUGUUCCUCUAGAGGAGGAGAGUAAAGAGAGGAAGACUCAACUGAUGAAGACACAGACAGACAUUCAGCAGAUGAUCCAGAAGAGAAUCAAGAAGAUUCAAGACAUCAAACACUCAGCAGAACUCAGAAAAAGAAGCAGAGAGCAGGAGAAAGCAGCGAGUGUUGAGGUCUUCAGUGAUCUGAUCAGAUCCAUUGAGAGAUGUCAGACUGAGCUGCUGGAGAUGAUGAAGAAGGAACAGAAAGCAGCAGAGAAACAGGAUGAAGAUCUCAUUAAAGAUCUGGAGCAGGAGAUCACUGACCUGAAGCUGAGAGACAGUGAGCUUGAGAAGAUCACACACAGUGAAGAUCAUCUUCAUCUCGUUCAGAUUGACUCAUCAUCUCUGUACAGAGCUCCAGACAUGAAGAACUGGUCUGAGAUCAGUAUGAAGACUCAUGUGAGUGUGGAGACUCUGAGGAGAGCCCUGACUCAACUACAAGAGACUCUCAAUGAGAAACUCACUCAAACUGAGGAUUUGGCAUUAAGAGGACGGGCUGUACAGUCAUCCACAGGAUAUGGUUGGGAAGCAUCAAAUGCCAUUGACAAUUCACCCUUAACCUGCACCCAUACUGACACAUCUGAUAACCCCUGGUGGAGACUGGAUCUUCUGGAUUCUUACUACAUCUCUACAGUCGUCAUCACAAACAGAGGAGACUGCUGUGCGGAGCGACUCAACGGAGCAGAAAUUCGUAUAGGGAACUCUUUGGAAAACAACGGCAACAAUAAUACCAGAUGUGCUGUGCUGAAUGGUGUUGCAGCGGGUCAGUCUGUGUCUGUGAAAUGUCACAAUAUAAACGGACAAUAUGUGAAUGUCAUCAUACCUGGAAGUUCAAAAAUUCUUUCUCUUGCUAAAGUGGAGGUGUAUCAGGCAGGAACAGGCGUUCUUAGGGGCUAAUCACACCAAACGCGCUUCAUACCACUGCUAUGCGGACGACACUCAACUCCACUUGUCGUUCCACCCUGAUGAUCCCACGGUUUCUGCCUGCAUCUCGGCAUGCCUGAGGGACAUCUCACUCUGAAUGAAGGAUCACCAUCUCCAGCUUAACCUAGAGAAGACAGAACUGUUUGUCAUAUCAUCUGAACCAAAGAUUCAGCACAACCUUUUCAUUCAGCUAGGUUCUUCCACCAUCUUGCCUUCCAGGACGGCCAAAAACCUGGGAGUGGUCAUUAAUGAUCAGCUUAGCUUCACUGAGCAUGUUGCCAGCAUUGCUCAUUCUUGUAGAUUCAUCCUCUACAAUAUUAGGAAAAUUAGACCUUUCCUAAAUGAGCAUGCUACGCAGGUCCUAGUCAAAGCUCUUGUACUGUCCAGGCUGGACUACUGCAAUGCGCUACUGGCUGGGCUUCCAUAUAAUUCUAAUAUCUUUAAUAUGAACCCAUGUUAAAGCACCACCAAACAAACAAACAAACACCAUUUGUUUGUUUAGUAUUGUGAUGGAUCCUACCUUAGAUCCUCACAUGUGGAAUUUUUUAUUUUUGUGUUUUUUAGUUUAUUUCUAAUAAUUUAUUUACAUAAUCAUUUUAUAAUCAUUAGUUAUCCAUAUGACUUUUGUCCAUAUGAUGUUUCAAUACUAAUAUUAUUAUUAUCAAUUUCAUUAUUAUCACUUUUAUCAUUUAUAUUAUUGUUUAUUCAUUUAUUAACUCAUUCAUUAGAUUAUUUAUAUGUGUUAUUGAUUUCAUUAUUGUUCAAUCUCAUGUUUCAUGAGCUGUCCUGUCUGUGUAAACAGAGAUAGAUAAAGAGAAAGUUUAUGGAAUCCCAAGGUUUAUGGGAUGUUACUGUUAAGCCAUUUUGGUUGAACAAUUCAUGUUGAAUUUAUACUCGGCAGACGAUGUUUCAACAUGUAGACU